GACGAAGCCAAAAUGAUGCCGGUGUUCCUUACUGUGUACCUCAGCAACAAUGACAAGCACUUCACAGAGGUCCCCAUCACCCCAGAAACGCUGUGCAGGGAUGUGGUGGAACUUUGUAAGGAGCCAGGAGAAAUUGACUGCUACCUAGCAGAGAUAUGGAGAGGCUCAGAGCGCAUCAUGGGUGGUGGUGAACGGAUGGUGGAUGUCCUUCAGCGCUGGGGACAACAGAGGUCAGAGGUGCGGUUCUUCUUGCGUCAUGACCAGGCACCUUGUCAUGAGUCAGGUGACGCUAGAGCUGCAGAACAUUCAGCCAAAAGAAAUGGGGUGAAAGGUACCAUGGAGAGACGUGUGGAGAAUGGAAUAGUGCCUCCUCGCAUGGAUAUUACACUGACAGAGCUUCAGGAGAUGGCAUCACGCCAACAGCAGCAGAUCAAUGCCCAACAACAACUUCUGGCCUCAAAGGAGCAGCGCUUGCGGUUCCUAAAGCUACAGGAACAGCGACAGCAGCAGCAGCAAGCAUCUGAGCAGGAGAAACUCAGACUCCUUAGGGAGAAUGCAGAAAAUCAGGAGGCCAAACUGAGGAGGGUACGGGCCCUUAAAGGCCAAGUGGAGCAGAAACGCCUCAGCAACAGCAAACUUGUGGAGGAGAUAGAGCAGAUGAGUGGCCUGUUCCAGCAAAAGCAGAAGGAGUUAGUGGUGGCUGUGUCCAGGGUGGAGGAACUCAGCAGACAACUGGAAAUGUUGAGGAGCGGCAAAGCGGAUGUUGCUCAUGAGCAAGGCCCGAACUCCAUAGGAGAGUUGGAGCACCUUUACAAGGAGCUGCAGUUGAGGAACAAGCUGAAUCAGGAGCAGAAUGUUAAGCUGCAGCAGCAAAGAGAGUCUCUGAACAAACGCAAUCUGGAGGUGUCGGCAAUGGACAAGCGCGUGGCUGAGUUACGGGAGAGACUGCGGAAGAAAAAAGCUGCUCUUCAGCAGAAAGAGAACAUGCCUCAGCCAUGUGAAGGGCUGAGUUCUCAGCAGCCAGGCCCAUCCAGAGUGGCUGCUGUAGGGCCUUACAUUCAGACUUCUACAGGUCCCCCUGUGCCACCCAGACAGGAAGUGCUGGUCAAACCGGUCUACAGUGAUGGCACAGCCCCCUUGCCCAUGUCAGAUGGCCCCUUGCCUUCUCCUCUGUUAGUUGGUGGUUUCCAGACAGGAAAGACAUCCAGAUUAUCUGAGUGGAUGAGCUCCAACACUGAGUCUGGUGGAAUGUCCUCUACAUUACCACGCAUGAGCAGUCAUACAGCACUAGCGAAAGAUGCUGAGACCCAUUUGAGGCCCCCUCCCCUCCCUCUACGUAAAAACCAGAGCAGUGAAGAUCUCAUGAAUGACUCUCAGAUUGCUGGUAAAAGCUUCAGUAAAGUACCUCCUCCAGUACCCAGUAAACCCAAACCAACGUUUUCGGGCCAGUCCUCCUUCAGCAAACCUCUCUACAGCACUGGAACCUUCCCCGGCAAAGCUAGAUCUGUUAACCAAUCCACUCAACACCAACGACCACCUAUGCCCAUCCCAUCCCACAGCCAGACACUGCCACCACCAUUACCUUCCAAACCAGACACCCUGCCCGCCGCCACGGUGCGCCCCUUCACCUCCGAUGCCUCUGCCCCAAAAGAGGCGACCCCUACGACCCUGCACAAGCCUCAGACUUUGGCCGCCAGUUCUAUCUAUUCUAUGUACACACAGCAGGCCAUACCAGGGAAGGCCUACCAGCCGUCAGGGCAGGGCACACUGACACGCUCACAACCCCGCUUAUAUGGUAAGCCAGUCCUCCCUGCCAACGGAGGGCAACAGUCCUAUCAGCCAGACAGCAGUCAAAAUGACAAGCCAGGAAUCUUAGAGGCAGACCACGUGGACCAGGGAGGGAGUGGAUCCUGCCCCACCAGUGAUGGCCAAGAAUCAGAACGUGCUCCCCGGCCCCUCAGUCCCACCAAGCUGCUUCCCUUCAUCUCCAACCCCCACCGUAACCAGAGCGACAUGGAUCUGGAGUCAUUGCGGAAGAGGCUACAUCAUGCACCGCGACCCCUGAAGAAACGUAAUUCCAUCACAGAGCCUGAGGGCCCUGGAGGGCCCAACAUCCAGAAACUCCUCUACCAGAAGACCACAUUGGCUGCUAUGGAAACUAGCUCUGGGUCCCCAGUCCCAUUCUUCCAGCCAUGUGUUGGAGAGGAGGGUGAAAUCGGGGGAUUUCGAGAUAGUGAUGGUUCCCUAGAACCAGUAAUCCCCGAAUGUAAGAGAGAAGAGGAAGAAGAAGAGGAUUUGACACCCCCACCCCUUCCCCCUCGUUCCCCUAUCCUGGAGGACUUCUCUAAAUCUAGUCUCCCCUUGCCUGCAUCCCUGGAAGAGGAGGAGGACCCUGGCGACUUUCCCCCUGCUCCACCUGAGGCUAAUGUGGAGGAGUACCCUCCAUACCCCCCUCCACCCUACCCUAGCACUGGGGAACAGGAUGGGUCAGGAGAGGAAAACAUCACCAUGAAACCUCCGGAGGUUACUGGACAGGUGACAUUACUACCAGGUAAGAGGACCAACCUACGUAAAGCUGGCUCAGAACGCAUAAAUCAUGGGAUGCGGGUUCACUUUAACCCCCUGGCUCUUCUGUUGGACGCCUCCCUGGAGGGAGAAUAUGACCUUGUACAGAGGAUCAUAUAUGAGGUGGAGGAUCCCAGUUUGCCCAAUGAUGAAGGUAUUACAGCCCUUCAUAAUGCUGUGUGUGCUGGACACACGGAGAUUGUUAAGUUCCUAGUGCAAUUUGGAGUCAAUGUCAAUGCAGCAGACAGUGAUGGCUGGACCCCACUACACUGUGCAGCUUCCUGUAAUAAUGUUCAGGUGUGUAAGUUCCUGGUGGAGUCUGGGGCUGCUGUGUUUGCAACCACCUACAGCGAUAUGCAAACAGCAGCAGACAAAUGUGAAGAGAUGGAAGAAGGCUAUGCCCAGUGUUCCCAGUUCCUCUAUGGUGUUCAAGAAAAGAUGGGCAUUAUGAACAGAGGUGUUGUGUAUGCAUUAUGGGACUAUGAGGCAGAGAAGGAGGAUGAGCUGUCCUUCCAGGAGGGCGACUGUAUGACUGUCCUACAGCGUGAGGACAGUGAGGAGACAGAGUGGUGGUGGGCUCGCUGUGGAGACAAUGAGGGCUACAUCCCCAGGAAUCUUCUUGGGCUGUACCUGCGGAUCAAGCCCAGACAAAGAAGUCUAGCAUAA